UGCUAUUUUUCCUAUUGGGAAAAAAACACAAAAAAACACGUUACAGACAUUUUCGUUGGUGUUUUAUGUGAGCCGGUAACAGAUUAAUGUCAUUUGCAUUCACUUCAAUAGGGAAAGAUGAUGUGAGGCAUAAUUCUUUUGAGUUAUGAGCGUGGGAACUGGGAAAUGAAACUUGUAAAGCGACGUCACAGACGCUCUGCAUUUCAGCGUAAGCGUUGCCCUGGAGAUGGCACUCCUUUGCGUGAUCCGCCGGUGCCGGCGCCUAGGGCGGGUCGUGCUCGGUGGGAGGAGUCGGAGCGUGUAUAUAAAAGACGUCAGAGGAUGUAUGCAUUCAUUCAUCCAUCUUUCGGUUGCCCUCCGCCAUCAUGUGGUGUCCGGCUCUUCUUCUUCAGACCUCGCUGCUCCUCUGCCUCGCCAGGCAAACUCUGCAAGGCGGGGUUAAAGCUCACGGUGUGUCCUGGAGGAGGAUCAUGCCAGCCAGAGGUGUCGGCAUUGGAACCAAAGGAGUGAACGCUGCCCACGGAGCGCUGGCCAGCAGAUAUGCCAACAAACCACUGAAGGCUGCAAUUGGCCAUUAUCAUGUUCCCAGUCCACUAGGCGGUGGGGGCUACCGACCUCUCGGACGAGGUGUUGCACCCGGACGAUUUCCUGCCUAUGGCACCCAUGGACUCUCUGGUGGCAACGUUGGCACGGACUUGCCACUGGGGCUCGCGCCUGCAAAUGGACUGGGCUUGGGCCGCGGCGGCAAACGAGUUUAUGGCGUCGGCCCUCUUCCAGGGUACGCCCCUUACGCCGGCAUGGGCUACCCCGCCGUCCGACCAGGCUAUGUUGGAGGUGCAGGGAACAACUAUCUCGGAGGAAACCUGGGCCCGGGGGCUUACGGACCAGCUUUAGGGCAGGGAGGAUACUUGGGUGCAGCUGGGAAACUUGGAGCUCCAGCUGCGCUUGGUCAGGGGGGAUACACAAAAGGUCCUGCGGGGGUAUCAACAGGUUAUGGUAACGGCGCAGGAAGAUACGGGGGUGCUCUGGCGGGCAAUGGCUUGGGUUAUGGGAAUGGUUACGCCGACCCGUAUGGAGCUGCUCUGGGCACCGGAGGCUACGCUGGACAGCCUCAGACCCCGUAUGGGGGCCUCGGCGGCGGUGGUGGUCUGGACCCAGCUGCUGGCAAAUAUGGGGGCGCGUCACCAGUAGCGGCAGCUCAGGUCCCUUAUGGUGGCGCUCCGGUGGCUCCCGGCAGACUUGAAGGAGACGGCGGGUACCCUUACGCCGCCCAGCCCGUCGGCCUCAGCGGCGAUGGCAGCAAACACGGUUCCGCAUAUGGAGCUCCACAAACAGGCUACGUACCGCAGCAGCUAGGCCCAAGUCAAGAUGCGUUGGGAGCAAAAGCGGCCAAGUACGGUGCAGGAACCGGACCACUUGCGGGUGGAUACAAAGGUUGAUGCAAAUGACCUCAUGGCUUUCAAGUGUAUCUUUUCCUUUCACUGAUUUCUUCUUUUUUUUUUUUUUUUCUUUGUAAGUCUCCGCGUGUGUGUUAUAUUUUUGUAAUCUUCAUGUAACAGACCUUUUGCUAAGCACGCACUC